GACUUCCUGGUCCAGGCUCCUGGGCAGCACCGACAGUGGACUCCGACCCAGGACCUGGCCGUCCUGCGCUUGGUUGCUCCCAGUUCCGUCACUGUCACGGCCACCGCCAUGCUGCCUCCCGGGACUGCUCUCUUGACUCUGCUCCUGGCUGCGGGCUCCCUGGGUCGGAGGGCUCGGGGACCCCCUCAGCCCCUGUCCCCCAUCAGCACCAUCCAGCCCCAGGCUAACUUUGAUGCUCAGCAGUUUGCAGGGACGUGGCUCCUCGUAGGUGUGGCCUCGUCCUGUCGCUCUCUGCAGGAACAGGGCCACCGGGCUGAGGCCACCACACUGCGUGUGGCUCCCCAGGGCACAGCCAUGGCUGUCAACACCUUCCGAAAGCUGGAUGGCAUCUGCUGGCAGGUGCAGCAGCUCUAUGGAGGCACACCAGUCCCAGGCCGCUUCCGGCUCCAAGCUCGAGGCGCCAGGGGGCCGGUGGAUGCGGUCAUUGGGGAGACUGACUACCAGGGCUUCGCUGUCCUAUACCUGGAGCGGGCGCGGCGGCUGUCGGUGAAGCUGUAUGCCCGCUCACUCCCCGUGAGUGACUUGGCCCUGAGUGCAUUUGAGCAGGGGGUCCAGAGGGCCAACCUGACGGAGGACCACAUCUUCUUCUUCCCCAAGUACGGUUUCUGUGAGGCCGCAGACCAGUUCCACAUCCUGGACGAGGUGAGGAGGUGAGGCCCUUGGCAGCCCCACGCCGAGGAGUGAAGACCCCUCACGAGCCUGGCACCCCGUCGGGCCAGGACCACGCACAGAGACUCUCCCCCACCUGCCCCCGGAGCUGCUCCCAUUAAAUGCCAUCCUUUUCGGCCUGA